AUGGAGUCAGAGAACAUCUAUUUCAGUUCAGAGCACAAAAAUUUGUUUAACCUGAGAGACCUGAGCGGAGAAGAUAUUAACAGCAAUGACAAUCACACAGAUGAUACCCAGAAACACUGCAGGAGUUUCAUCCAGAAUAAACCAGUCAAUUGCAUUAGAAGCAGAUGGUUCAUGAUAAUCACAGUGUCCCUCGGGCUCAUCUGUGUUUUACUGCUGGUUACCAUCAUAGUGCAGCACAAUAAACUCUCCACAGAGAGAGACCUGAUGAAGAUGAGCUACAGGAACAUGGCUGAAGAAUACAAUGAAACUCUGAACAGCCUGAAUAUGAAUUACAGUAAAUUGAACGAUGACAGAGAACAACUACAGAACAGAUUUAACUCUAUGAGCCAAAAGAAACUGAAGUUAGAGACCGAUAACAAUCAUCUGAUUGGCGAGAGAGAAGAGAUAAAGAAAACAUUUAGCUCUAUGAGCCGGAAUAAACUGGAGUUAGAGAGCAAUUACAACAAUCUGACCGGUGAGAAAGAAGAACUACAGAAAACACUGAACUCUGUGAGUCAGGAGAAACUGGAGUUAGAGGCCAAUUACAACAAUCUGACCGGUGAGAAAGAAGAACUACAGAAAACACUGAACUCUAUGAGUCAGGAGAAACUGGAGUUAGAGGCCAAUUACAACAAUCUGACCGGUGAGAAAGAAGAACUACAGAAAACACUGAACUCUAUGAGUCAGGAGAAACUGAAGUUAGAGACAAAUUAUAAACAUCUGACGGGCGAGAAAGAAGAGCUAAAGAAAAGCCUGAACUCUAUGAGUCAGAAGAAACUGGAGUUAGAGACCAAUAACAAACGUUUGACUGGCGAGAAAGAAGGGCUAACGAAAAGCCUGAACUCUAUGAGUCAGAAGAAACUGGAGUUAGAGACCAAUAACAAACGUUUGACUGGCGAGAAAGAAGGGCUAACGAAAAGCCUGAACUCUAUGAGUCAGAAGAAACUGGAGUUGGAGACCAAUAACAAACGGUUGACUGGCGAGAAAGAAGAGCUAACGAAAAGCCUGAACUCUAUGAGUCAGAAGAAACUGGAGUUGGAGACCAAUAACAAACGUUUGACUGGCGAGAAAGAAGGGCUAACGAAAAGCCUGAACUCUAUGAGUCAGAAGAAACUGGAGUUGGAGACCAAUAACAAACGGUUGACUGGCGAGAAAGAAGAGCUAACGAAAAGCCUGAACUCUAUGAGUCAGGAGAAACUGGAGUUAGAGACCAAUAACAAACGUUUGACUGGCGAGAAAGAAGGGCUAACGAAAAGCCUGAACUCUAUGAGUCAGAAGAAACUGGAGUUGGAGACCAAUAACAAACGGUUGACUGGCGAGAAAGAAGAGCUAACGAAAAGCCUGAACUCUAUGAGUCAGAAGAAACUGGAGUUGGAGACCAAUAACAAACGUUUGACUGGCGAGAAAGAAGGGCUAACGAAAAGCCUGAACUCUUUGAGUCAGAAGAAACUGGAGUUGGAGACCAAUAACAAACGUUUGACUGGCGAGAAAGAAGGGCUAACGAAAAGCCUGAACUCUAUGAGUCAGAAGAAACUGGAGUUGGAGACCAAUAACAAACGGUUGACUGGCGAGAAAGAAGAGCUAACGAAAAGCCUGAACUCUAUGAGUCAGAAGAAACUGGAGUUGGAGACCAAUAACAAACGGUUGACUGGCGAGAAAGAAGAGCUAACGAAAAGCCUGAACUCUAUGAGUCAGAAGAAACUGGAGUUGGAGACCAAUAACAAACGGUUGACUGGCGAGAAAGAAGAGCUAACGAAAAGCCUGAACUCUAUGAGUCAGAAGAAACUGGAGUUGGAGACCAAUAACAAACGUUUGACUGGCGAGAAAGAAGGGCUAACGAAAAGCCUGAACUCUAUGAGUCAGAAGAAACUGGAGUUGGAGACCAAUAACAAACGUUUGACUGGCGAGAAAGAAGGGCUAACGAAAAGCCUGAAUUCUAUGAGUCAGAAGAAACUGGAGUUGGAGACCAAUAACAAACGGUUGACUGGCGAGAAAGAAGAGCUACAGAAAACCCUUAACUCUUUGAGUCAGAAGAAACUGGAGUUAGAGACCAAAGUCAAGAAUUUGAACGAUGCACUAAUGAAGAAAUCAGGGUCGUACAUGUAUUUCAUAUCCACUGAGGAGAAGAGUUGGUCUGAAAGCAGGCAGUUCUGCAGGGAUCGUGGUCAAGAUCUGGUCGUUAUCAACAGUGAAGAAGAGCAGAGAUACAUAUCUUCAAUCGUCAAGGACAGAUUGUGGAUUGGAUUGUCUGACAUAACAACGGAAGGAAUCAUGACCUGGGUGGAUAACACACCGUUAAUUAAAACGUUUUGGGCCAAAGGUGAGCCAAAUAACGACCGUGGAAAUGAGGACUGUGUUGAAAUCCUGAGUUCUUCAAAACCUAUCCUUAACAACUGGAAUGAUGUUCCAUGCUCAAUGAGGAAAAAAUGGAUUUGUGAGAAUCUGUGAGAAUCAAUGUUGUGAUAAUAAAAAAUGUUUUUAUUUA